AUGAUAAACAUAACGGUAAAAUUUGAUGAUAUAAAGGUUAACAAUACAAAUGGUAAUGUUGAUAAUGUUGAUAAUAAUGAUAUAAUUGUCAAUAUUUUUAACAAUAAUGAUGAUAACAAAACCAAUGAGAACAUUUAUAUCAAAAACAAUAUUGAAAACACUACUGAAAAUAAUAAUGAUAACAAAACCAAUGAGAACAUUUAUAUCAAAAACAAUAUUGAAAACAAUACUGAAAAUAAUAAUGAAAACAAUAGUGAAAACAUAAGCAAUAACAAUGAUAGUUUAAAUAAUAAUUCAACAAAUGGUAUGAUAGAAAAUUCCAUCACAGAAAUAACUAUUGCUAAUUCAAAUUCUGAAAGUAUAAAUACAGCCACUUUCAAAGUUUAUCCUGUAACUUUAAAAAAUGCAACCGUUCAAUAA